CGGACUUUCGCGGGCUCGUACCUCGGCGACCGGCUGGUCCACCGGACGGUAAUUGUCGGCGAGCCAGAGGGUAGUGCCGUGGCGGCAUUUCUCCCUCUGUUUCCGGAGGCCUCACCUCAUUCCCGGCGCUCGUACGCCGCCGCCCGCCCCACCCCCGAGGCGGGUUUGCUGGGGCGGGAAGCGGACGAGCCCGGCUGGCAGCGUGCACGCGGGGAGAGCGUUCUCCGAGCGGUUCUGGGCUGCUCAAAGCUAGAAUGAAGCAGUUGCCCGCAGCAACAGUUCGCCUCCUUUCCAGUUCUCAGAUAAUCAGUUCAGUGGUCAGUGUAAUAAAAGAACUCAUUGAAAACUCUUUGGAUGCUGGUGCCACAAGCAUAGAGGUUAAACUGGAGAAUUAUGGAUUUGAUAAAAUUGAAGUGCGAGACAAUGGUGAGGGGAUUAAGGCAGUUGAUGCGCCUGUGAUGGCAGUGAAGUACUACACCUCAAAAAUAAAUAGUCAUGAAGAUCUUGAAAAAUUGACAACAUAUGGUUUUCGUGGAGAAGCUUUGGGGUCAAUUUGCUGUGUGGCUGAGGUCUUAAUUACAACAAGAACGGCUGCUGAUAAUUUUAGCACCCAGUAUGUUUUAGAUGACAGUGGCCAUAUAAUUUCUCAAAAACCUUCACAUCUUGGUCAAGGUACAACUGUAACUGUGUUAAAAUUGUUUAAGAAUCUGCCUGUAAGGAAGCAAUUUUAUUCAACUGCUAAAAAAUGUAAAGAUGAAAUAAAAAAGAUUCUAGACCUGCUCAUGAGCUAUGCUGUCCUGAAACCUGAGUUACGGAUCAUUUUUGUGCAUAAUAAGGCAGUUGUUUGGCAUAAGACUAGAGUAUCAAAUCAUAAGAUGGCUCUCACGUCUGUUCUGGGAAUUGCUACUAUGGAGCAUAUGGAAUCCUUUGAGUACCAUUCUGAAGACUCUAAGAUUUAUCUAAGUGGAUUUCUUCCAAAACGUGACGCAGACCAUUCUUUUACUAGUUUAUCAACCCCAGAAAGAAGUUUCAUCUUUGUGAAUAAUCGACCAAUACACCAAAAGGAUAUAUUAAAGUUAAUCCGACAUUAUUACCAUCUGAAGUGCCUAAAGGAAUCUACUCGUUGUUACCCUAUUUUCUUUUUGAAAAUUGAUGUCCCUACCGCUGAUGUGGAUGUAAAUUUAACACCAGAUAAAAGUCAAGUAUUAUUACAGAACAAGGAAUCUCUUUUAAUUGCUCUUGAAAAUCUUAUGACGACUUGUUAUGGAUCACUACCUGGUACAAAUUCUUAUGAAACUAAUAAAACAGAUGUUUCCUCAGCUGACAUGAUCAUUAGUAAAACCACAGAAGCAGAUGUGCUUGUAAAUAAGAUAGAAUCAUCUGGAAAUAAUUAUCCAAAUGUUGAUCCUUCAGCCAUUCCUUUCCCAAAUGAUGUGCAUAAUUACAAAUCUGGACAAAGCACUGAUUGUUUAAAUCAUCAGAUACGUAUUGAUGACCAUUACGAUGAUCACCCUGAUUGUGAAAAUUCUAGCACUGAUAAGAAUGCUAGAAAUGUAUUUCAAGGAAACUCAACAAAUAACUUAUUGUGUGAUGAUUUGCAGAGCAAUAAAGAAACUUGUCUUCAACAGGCCCAAUCAGAAAAUAGUGAAAACCAUGCAGUAGACAAGAGAGGGGAAAAUGAGGAAGAAGUACUUCCUGAGAAGUCUUUGGAAAUCUCUGCAGAUGAGUGGAGCAAGGGACAUGCACUUAAAAACUCAAUGGGAGAAAACAUUGAACCUGUGAAAGUGUUAGUACCUCAAGAAAAUCCAGCAUGUGAAGUAAAUAGUAAUAAUAGUCAUGAUUUAAACCCAGAGCAACUGAAUGUCAGUGAAGGUUCCUGUUUUAAAAAAUCGAAUGUGGUUGAUAACAAAUCUGGACAACUUACAGCAUAUGACUUAAUUAGCAAUCGGAUAAUCAAGAAGCCUCUGUCAGCAAGUGCCCUUUUUGUUCAAGAUCAUCGUGCCCAGUUUCUUGUAGAAAACCCUAAGAUGAGUUUGGAAGAGGCAACAAUACAGAUAGAAGAACUGUGGAAGACAUUGAGUGAAGGGGAAAAACUGAAAUACGAAGAGAAAGCUGCUAAAGAUUUUGAGCGAUAUAAUAGACAAAUCAACAAAGCCACUGAACAGGAAUCACAGGCACCAUUAAAAGAGGGCAGAAAAAAGAUCAAACCAACCAGUGUGUGGAAUUUGGCACAGAAGCAAAAGUUGAAAACUUCAUUAUCAAAUCAACCAAAACUUGAUGAACUCUUCCAGUCCCAAGCAGAAAAAAGAAAGAAUCAAAACAUUAAAAUAGUACAGGUCUCCUUUUCUAUGGAAAACUUGAAAAAGCAAAUUGAGAAACACCAAAGGUCUGACUUAGAAGAAAAAGGUGAAUUUUAUUUGGUCCACAAUCUCAAGUUUCUUGAUGCUUGGCUAAUUACAUCCAAAACAGAGGUAAUGUUAUUAAAUCCAUACAGAGUAGAAGAAGCUCUGCUUUUCAAAAGACUUCUUGAGAACCAUAAACUUCCUGCAGAACCACUGGAAAACCCAAUUAUAUUAACAGAGAGUCUUUUUAAUGGAUCUCAUUAUUUAGAGGUUUUACAUAAAAUGACAACAGACGACCAAAAGUUUGGUGCAUCAACUUACCUCUCUGAUCCUCGUCUUACAGCAAAUGGUUUUAAGAUAAAAUUGAUUCCAGGAGUUUCCAUUUCUGAGAACUGCUUUGAAAUAGAAGAAAUGGCUAAUUGUCUCCCAUUCUAUGGAGUAAUGGACUUAAAAGAAAUUCUUAAUGCUAUACUAAACAAUAAUGCAAAGGAACUUUAUGAAUGUAGACCUCGGAAAGUUUUAAGUUAUUUAGAGGGAGAAGCAGUUCGUCUAGCUAGACAGCUACCUAUGCAUUUUUCAAAAGAUGAUAUCCAAGAUAUUAUCUACAGAAUGAAGCAACAGUUUGGAAAUGAAAUCAAAGGAUGUGUUCAUGGGCGCCCCUUUUUUCAUCAUUUAACUCAUCUUCCAGACUCACCGUGAUUAAAUGUUUAAGAAAAUCAUUAUUGAAACUAACUUGGUCAUAAAAUGUGUGAUAUUAUUAUGCUGUCUUUGUACUAUCAUGCAUUUAACAGUUAUUUGAUGAGAAGUCAGUAAUUGCAUGUAUAUUGAAAAAAUUUUAUGAACUACAGAAAACUUAUUUAUUUUUCCCUCAAGAAACUACCUUCAUUAUAAUUUUUAAUGUCCGUUGGAAAAUAUCUACUAUCUUAGAUAGUUGAUGCACUGGUGCUUAUGACCUUAAGUAUAUCCUUCAACAUUUUGAUAGAAGCCCUACCCACCAGCAGGCUGGUAUUUAAAAGGUGGGUUUUUGGAGAAGCUUGUUAGGUUUAGAUGAGUCAUGGCGAUGAGUAGGGCUCUUCUGUUGGUAUAAAUGUUCUUAUAGAGACACCAGAGUGCUUGUUCUGCUUCUGCUACUGUUCAUCCUAAGAGGAAAAAGAAGGUAGCUUUCCAUAAUCUGGGAGGGGAUUUUUCACCAGAAGCCAACAGUUCUGGUGUCUUUGUCUUGAACCUCAGGCCUCCAGAAAAUGAGAGAAAAUAACAAGUUUAAGUGAAUAAUCUGCAAUUACCAGUCCACAGACUGGUAUCUACUCUGCAGGUAUUAAAAGAUAAAAACCAAUAGUUCAAUAGUUCUAGCUGCCACUCCAUGGAUCAGUGUGCAUGCAGGUGUAAAAAGUUUUAAGAAUGUUAGUUUAAGUCAGCAAUCUAUUAUUUUGUUACGGUACUAAGACCUGAAAAAUCCACUGGGUGUUCCCUGUACAGGAAGAGCUCAUACUACACACAGACUCAGCUGGUGUAUUUGGCAGAAGUCGUUGUUGGGUAGAUGAGACAGAGAAUGAAGAAAUUCAGAAGAACAUAGCUUUGAAACUCCUGUCAGUUAUCUAUGUGAAGUGUUACAGUCACAAUUAAGAAAUUAUUAACAGAACAUUGUUGUUUCCCAUAAACAAAUAAUAUCCUUUCUUCCUCCCUCCCUCUUUCUUCCCUCCCUCUUCCCUUCCUCCCUACUUUCCUCCCUCCCUCUUCCCUUCCUCCCUUGCUUCCUCCCUCCCCUCCCCUCCCUCUCCUUCCUUCCUUCCUUCCUUCCUUCCUUCCUUUCUUCCUUCCUUCCUUCCUUCCUUCCUUCCUUCCUUCCUUCCUUCCUUCCUUCCUUCCUUCCUUCCUCCUUCCCUUUUUCUCUAGUCUCUUACUGGUUCUCCAUUUCCCCCCUUUAAAAAUGCGGAUCCUUCUGUACUCAUUUUUAAUACAGAAAUCUAAAGAUAGAAUGUUAUUGUAUCAUUCCUUUUCUAGCAAAAUUUUGACUCAUUUUCUAUUGUUGAAAGAUGAUUAAUAAAAAGAUUAAUAAACUUAUUUCAUAUCUAC